ACUACCAACCAGACCGCCAUCUUUGUUCCCAAGGCCACUGUCUUUUACGGACCUUCGGGCAACGCCACGCAUCUCAACACUAAUCAUGCGGCUCUGGGGGACUUGACUUCAACUUUGGGCUUGUGGCUCGAUCCAGCAGCUUGGCCCCAACUAUCGACAGCCCAGUUUCGCAAUAUUUGCACUGAGGUGCACUCUACGCCCGCCGCUACCUUGCCACCAGUACUCGGAGAUCCAUCUUCUCGCCUAUUCCGGUCACGACAAAGCCCAGUCUUCGAUGGCGCAUUCGCAAUACCGCCAAAAAAGGCAUCGUGGCUCUCGCAGGAUGGUCUGUCAACCUUAUCCGGGAUUUGGGCGGUGGUCCUGCACUUCUGCUUCUUCUACGACGGAACACCGAGGCAUGGCCGUUGCCCCCCAUCCCCAAGGCCGGACAACGCCACGUCCCUGACCGUUCAAUUCACCCGCCCGCUGCAAGAAUCUCCAAAUCACAAUCUCCCCUAA